ACCUCACUUCCUGUUUUUAAAAAUGGCGGACAGCAACAUUGGAGGCGGUGAGAGCAGUGUGUUUCGGCGACCGUCAGCCUGAUUAUCUGGAGCUGCUGGGACCUGAAACGACUUCUGAUGCAGCGAUAACAACCACAUCGCUUUGUGGGAGGCGUUCAAAAGUUUAACCAUGAGUAGCCGAAGAAAGAGGGCCCCUCCUGUGAAGGUGGACGAAGACGCCAAGAAGAGGUUAAACUGGAACAUGCUAGAUGACCGCAAGAACGAGGAAAUCCAGCUCGGUGAGCAGACACCGACCUGCUCCAUUUUUCCUGUCGACCCUCCUCCCAGCAACUCCUUUCUCUCAACCGCCGAGGGUGUCCCGGAGGCUGCCUGCAGCAGCAGCUCUGUCCGUUUCCCAGAGGAGCCUCCAGGUACGUCCGCUGACAGCGGCUCGGCCUCCGCCUCCCUGGCCCUAAGUGUGGUGCCGGCUUUGAAGCUGGGCCACAGCUGGAAGGCGCUGAUCGGGGAGUUCAGCGUCCGGCCAGCUUGGAUCCCAUCUGACUGUGAACUGAGAGCUUUGGUGCUCCACAGGAUGGGUGAGCAGCUUCGCCUCAGCUACGGCGGCUGUGAUGAGAGCUCAGGGCUGCAGUGGAGUGCUGAGGAGGACGUCUGCACAGCGGAGUGCAGCCUCAGUGGGAUCCUGCUGGAGGACCUCGACUGGAUGCAGAAGAGGAAGGUGGUGCAGCUCUGCCACCAGGCCAAAGAGAGCUCCGUCAAGGUGGGGAUUUACUUGCUGGAAACUGGGCUCGGGAAGCCCGAGUACCUCAGCGAGGGAAACGCUCGGAUGAAGAAAGCAAAUCAAUUAAUGCAGAAGUUGAUGGAGUAUUUCUACGAUUUCAUUAUCCCCGAAGUUGUAGAGAAUGAGAAUGAGGAGGAGGAAUGUGACACUGACCUGGAGAGGCAAAAUGUGGAGGAGCUCUAUGAUUUCGUCAGACAUCUGCACCAGAGAGAGAGCCAGGAGGUGACGUAUGACGUUCAGGACAACGCUCUUAUUCCUGUUCUCAGACCCUAUCAGAGCCAGGCUGUCAACUGGAUGCUGAAGAGAGAGAAAUACAGGAACACUACACCUAAAGAACAAAUUCUGCAUUUCCUCUGGCGGGAGGUGAUCACUUUAUGCGGAAAGAAGUUGUUCUACAACCCCUUUACCGGCUGCUUAUUACGAGAAUUUCCCCUGGCAGGUGUAGAGUGGCCUGGUGGGAUCUUGGCUGAUGAAAUGGGGCUGGGAAAGACAGUGGAAGUUCUGGCUCUCAUCCUGUUUCACCACCGACAGGACCUGGAGCAGGAGGCCCUCACCCUGCCUGUGGGGAAAUCCGUGAAUUAUUUCGUACCUCCUCCUCCCCUAGAGAAAAAGGUUAUCCGCUGCAAGUCUGAAGUUCAGCCUAAAAUGAAAGUAUCUUACCCAACUGUGCGUGUCAUGCUCCUCACUGCAAUCAAGGCAAUGAGAUCUGGCAAAGGAGCCUCCGUCAACGCUGUCUUCACCUACAUCCGUGCCACUUACGGUUAUGACCUCCUAAAAAACCGCAACCACAUCAAGAAGAUGCUGGUGAAGCUGAUCGACGAAGGCCUGGUCGACCGGGUCAAAGGCCGAGGCUUGGCGGGGUCAUUUAAACUGGGAAAGAACUACAAAGAGACAAAAAAGACCUUAACGGGAGCAUCCAAGUCUAACUCCAGAAGCGCAGAGAGCGCGCCCAGGCAAAUUUUUCAGAGACGAGCAAAAGAGAAGGCAGAAGCAGCGCUUCAGAACUCUCUUCUUACAGAUGAUCUGAGAGAUCAGUACUCCCCUGCGUCGGACUGUCUAGAACCAGAGACAGCAACGAAGAAGGAAUGGGAUGAAAGUCUGAAGAAGAAAGCCGAAGACAUGCUGGAUCAGUCCAGGACAGCCUUACAGAGGACUCAGGAUAAAAGCGAGUCAGAAACACAGGACGUUCCCAGGAAUGAUGAACUACCUGAAGAAAGAGGAGAAUCUCUUCCGCUUGAAUCAGCAGAGACGGAAACCCCCACCAGAGCGUCUGUUGUCCCUUUCAACACACCGGACUACCGCUUUGAGUGCAUCUGUGGUGAACUGGGCAUUGUUGACUACAAGGCUCGUGUCCAGUGUAUGAACUGCCAGCUGUGGCAGCAUGCAGACUGUGUAAACUACAAAGAAGAAAGCCUUGAGACUACACCUUUCUACUGCCCCCACUGCCUGGUCGCCAUGAAGCCCGUCUCCACCGGUGCCACCCUCAUCAUCUCCCCGAGUUCCAUCUGCCACCAGUGGGUGGAGGAGAUUAACCGGCACAUCAGGUCCUCCUCGCUGCGAGUGCUGGUUUAUCAGGGUGUGAAGAAGCAUGGAUUCAUCCAGCCACACAUGCUCGCUGAGCAGGAUGUGGUCAUCACCACCUACGACGUGCUGCGGUCAGAGCUCAACUACGUGGACAUUCCCCACAGCAACAGCAAGGAUGGACGCCGCUUCCGCAACCAGAAGCGCUACAUGGCCAUUCCCAGUCCUCUGGUUGCUGUGGAGUGGUGGCGCAUCUGUCUGGACGAGGCUCAGAUGGUUGAAUGUCCCACUGCCAAGGCUGCAGAGAUGGCUCUACGUCUCGCAUCUGUCAACCGCUGGUGUGUCAGUGGCACUCCAGUCCAGAGAGGCUUAGAAGAUCUGUACGGCCUUGUACUUUUUCUGGGAGUUGACCCGUACUGGGUAAAACACUGGUGGGACCAGCUGCUUUAUCGCCCUUAUCGCCGUGGAAACACAGAGCCGCUGUACAAUGUAAUUGCUCAAUUGUUAUGGCGAUCAGCUAAAAAAGACGUCAUUGAUCAGAUCCAGAUCCCGCCUCAGACAGAGGAGGUGCACUGGCUGCACUUUUCCCCCGUCGAGGGACACUUCUACCACCGUCAGCACGAGGUCUGCUCCCAGGACGCUCUGGCCAAACUCAGGAAGAUAUCUGACUGGAGCCUGAAACUUGGCAGCCUCGACCGCCGCACCGUCCACACCAUCCUGGGCCCGCUGCUGAGGCUGCGUCAGGCCUGCUGCCAUCCACAGGCUGUGAGGGGGGAGUUCCUGCCCCUGCAGAAAAGCACCAUGACGAUGGAGGAGCUCCUUAAGUCCCUGCAGAAGAAAUGUCGAGUGGAGUGUGAAGAAGCUCACAGACAAUUGGUGUGCGCUCUCAAUGGCCUGGCUGGAAUACACAUCAUCAGAGAUGAGUUUGUAGAGGCAACAGAGAUGUAUAGAGAAGUGCUUCGUUCAUCAGAAGAGCACAAAGGCAGGCUGAAAACAGAUUCAUUACAGCGACUUCAUGCUACCCACAAUUUGAUGGAACUGCUCAGCGCAAAGCACCCUGGGAUACCUCCCACGUUAAGAGAUGACAGACUAAGUGAGGAGGCGGAGCAGCUGCGGCAGCACUACAUGACCAAAUACGACUCUGAGGUAGCAGACGCCCAUCAGGCUUUGCAGCCGGUGCUACAGAAUAUCAAAGAGCUCAAACGCAAAGUGAAGCUGAAUAAUCCCUGGUGGCUGGAUGUUAUCCAGAAGGCGAUCCGCUGCUCCACUGACGACGACCUGGUGUCCCGCAUUAAAAAUGAGCUGACGUCCAGCUACAAACAACAAGCCAACAAGCUCACCAUGGCAGAAAAGUUCCGUGAUGCCUGUGGUCUGCAGUUCCUACUCACCACACAAAUGCAAGAUCUGAUGAAAUCCCAAAAGACUGUGCAGGACGCGGUGAAGAGUCUCGAAGGUCCGGCUUCAAAGAAAGUGAUUGAUGAGGUCACCAUUUGUCACCUCAGGCCUAUGAGACUGCCACUCAAUAAUUGUGUUUUUUGCAAAGCGGAUGUACUUUUCAUCGAUUAUGAGUCCAAGCUGUUUUCUCACACGGUGAAGGGUCAGACGGCCAUCUUUGAAGAAAUGAUUGAAGAUGAAGAGGGGCUGAUGGACGACCGUCUCCCCACCACCAGCCGAGGUCUGUGGGCAGCCAGCGAGACUGAGCGCUCGCUCAAAGCCAUCUUGUCUUUUGCCAAAGUUAAACGCAUGGACCCGGAGUUGGUGGAGGAGGGUAACACUUUCAUGGAGCUGUUUGAGUUCUGGAAGAAAGAGUACAAGGUGCUGCAUGAGUACUGGAUGGUGCUGAGGAACCACGUGUCGGCCAUCGAUGAGCUGGGUAUGGCCACCGAGAGACUACGUGUGCGUCUGCCCGAUGAACCCAAGCCCAAACUGCUGCACAUCAUCGAGCCACAUGAGGUGGAGCAGAACAGACUGAAGCUUUUGAACGACCAGGCCAUGGCCAAGUCUCAACUCCAAAAGAAGCUUGGCCAGUUUCUGUAUCUCACAAAUCUGGAGAAGUCCCAGGACAAGUCUACUGGAGGGCUGAACCCAGAGCCGUGCCCCAUCUGUGCCCGGCCUCUGGGACAGGAGUGGGCAGUGCUGACUUGUGGCCACUGCUUCUGCAAUGAGUGCAUUGCUAUCAUUGUGGAACAGUAAAGCGUGGGCUCGAGGCGGCGUUCCAUCAAAUGUGCCAUCUGCAGGCAGACUACGUCCCUCACAGAGAUUCCUACGGUUCACCACCCAGGCGUCAGCCAGGACCAGGACAUACCGGUCAAAGUCAGUCAGCAACACCGGGAGGUGUAUUUUUCUAUUAAGUUAUGGCUGGAUCCAGAUGUUGGGAUUUUUUUUUAAUUUGGGUUCAACCAGGCCCUUUUGUCUAA